CACACACAAGGCCGCUGGCAAGGUCCCGGAGUCUAUGCAUGCCGCUGAAACAGUGGCGCAAGGCCGACUGAAUAUACACGAUGGCUGCCCUAUAUGAAACUGGCGGUCCUUCGACCUUGACUGCUGAACAAUCACCUUCGUCUCCCAGCCAGGUGACAAUCACCGUCGACUCCCAGCCGAGCUGCCUCUUUAUAAGCCUCCCGCAAGACCACAACCACGGCCAGCUCGACGUUGAAAUCGACACCCCGAAACUAUUCGCCCAACAUGCCGGUGACCAACUUUGAGUUUAAAGAGAAGUACCGCUACAUGAGCGGCUUCGACGCGCACCUCGAGUCCGAAGCUGUCCCUGGUGCCCUCCCCAUUGGCCACAACUCGCCACAAAAGCCGCCCCUCGGACUGUACGCCGAGAAGCUCUCUGGGACAGCGUUCACGGCGCCGCGACACGAGAACAAGCAGACAUGGCUGUACCGCAUCCUCCCCUCGUGCGCACACCCCCCCUUCCACGUCAAGAGCAUGUCGGCGAGUGACGCGCCAGCGACGCCGGACCAGCUGUACGACGUGUGGAACAAGACGGCUUGGUUCACGCCCGCGCCGAGGCUGAACUACAUCCCGAACCAGCUCCGCUGGGACCCCUUCGACCACGACCCCGAGGCCGACUUCGUGUCGGGCCUGCACCACGUGGCCGGGGCCGGCGACCCGACGCUCAAGCAGGGGCUGGGCAUCUACGUGUUCGCGGCGGGGCGGUCCAUGGCGGCCCGCAGCGCCUUCUACUCGGCCGACGGCGACCUGCUCCUCGUGGCGCAGUCGGGCGUGCUCGACCUCCGCACCGAGCUCGGCUGGCUGCUGGUCCGGCCGGGCGAGAUCGCCGUGGUGCCGCGCGGCGUGCGCUUCCAGGUGCUCCUGCCCGACGGCGCCGGCCCCGCGCGCGGCUACGCGCUCGAGCUGUACCAGGGCCACUUCACCCUGCCCGAGCUGGGGCCCAUCGGGUCCAACGGGCUCGCCAACGCGCGCGACUUCCAGGCCCCCGUGGCCUGCUUCAGCGAGGACCACGGGCCAAGUGCGUUCGCGCCGCCCGCGAGUGAUGAAAAUGGCAAGGGGUACCUGGUCACGGCCAAGUUCAACAACACGCUCUUCGCGACGACGCAGGCGCACACGCCCUUCGACGUGGUGGCGUGGCACGGCAACUACUACCCUUUCAAGUACGACCUCGGGCGCUUCAACACCAUCGGCACCAUCUCGUUCGACCACCCGGACCCGUCCAUCUUCACGGUCCUGACGGCACCUUCGGCCCGGCCCGGCACGGCCGCGUGCGACUUUGUCAUCUUCCCGCCCCGAUGGCUCGUGGGCGAGGACACCUUCCGGCCCCCUUGGUACCACCGCAACACCAUGAGCGAGUUCAUGGGCCUCAUCUCGGGCGACUACGACGCCAAGAAGGGCGGCUCGGGCGGGUUCGUGCCGGGAGGGGCCAGCCUCCACAACGUCAUGAGCGGCCACGGCCCGGACGCGGCCAGCUACGAGGGCGCGCGCGACGCGGCGCUGGGGCCGACAAAGGUCGGCGAGGGCAGCUGCGCCUUCAUGUUUGAGAGCUGCUACAUCCUCGGCGUCACCGACUGGGGCCUCCGGAGCUGCCAGAAGAUCCAGGUCGACUACAGCAGGGAGAGCUGGGGCGGCACCCUGGUGCACUGGAAGAGGCCCGAGGGCGCCUCGGCGAAUGGGCACCUGCUUUAGGGGAGAUGGGGCUUUCGGUUGUUUCCCUUGGUUUAUAUGAUAUUAGACAUGAAUGAUGCACAUAGAAGCCCGCGUCUGGUUCUGGAUCUACGUUUCUUUCUCACCUUUUUUUCCUCUGUAGGCGGUGGCACAAAUUUGACGGCCGCAUGUCACUUGGGCCGCUUUAUAUGGUUCAAACUUGGGAGCGAACUGCUACAUCAUGGUUGAAUUGAAAAACAUUGCGAAACAACCACCCAUUAAGAGGACUGAUCUGCCG